AUGGGGCUUCGAGCGGGCGAGCUAAGGCUGACCCACCAAUUGUAGCCCUGCGCAACAAAUGUUCGAGGCGGACGCCGCGCCGUGCCGUCUCUCGUCCGUCAGCACGGCGGUAUGCGGAGGCUUUCGCUCUCGCUCCGAGGUCUCCCCUCUUUGGGGCGCAGGGGCUUAAUCUCCCAGCCUCACGAGGCCAACACCGCCGUUCCCGAGGCGCCGCCGCCCCGCCCCUACCGUCGUCCGCCUUCUGCCGGGAUCUCGCGGUGGCGCUCCGACGUCCUUGGAUCCUCUAUUCUUCAAUUCCACAACAAGAAGCCCCUACUGGCCGGAACAAGUGAUGUCACAACUGCUUCAUCGCGGCGCUUCUCUUCGAUCAAUGAAAGAGGUAAUUAUAUUUAUCAAGCUGCUGAGGCUCUGCACCAAGCAGGUGCAAUCACUAUUGUUAAUUCUAUACCGAAUUCCUCCGAGUAUGCUGAGGUUGAAAUGUACAAGAACAACCUACUUGGGAGGUUUCAAGAACUAAAACAUGAUAUCGUUGCAUUAGAGGGAAAAAGCAAUUGAUUGAUGCAUCAGUUUCAAGUUCUCUCAUUUUAGUGCUGAUGCAUAACUGUAUUUACACAGCAUGGAAAUAACUCAUUGGCCAUUUUUGUUACCAUGAGUCUUUGAGAACCCUAAAUUGUAUCUGAAGAUGAUUGUUACUUUAAGAGGCUGCGUCCGUGCAUUGCAUGGAUUAUGAGGGCUUCAUCAGAAUGUACAUUGUUGACAUUGAUUUUUGUUGUC